UAGCCACUUUCUGACAAAGACACCUUUCGAUAGCUCCGCAAAAGUAGUGAAUUGUUAGUAUUUUUUUUCAAUAUAAAAUCAAGUAUUGAUUUUCAAAUGUUUGUCACUAGAAAACAGCAUGGAAGUAGAUAAAGAUAACUUGCUAUAGAAACAAGAUGAACAAGUGUUAGCGGGAAAAGUGAAAGUAACGGAAUUUUUUUAAUUUUUCUAUUUUUCGUUGUGAAUAUCGAGCGUUAUCCACAGUGAGAUUAUUACGUGACGAGAUAGAUAAGUCGAAGCACGUUUCAGUUUAAAUUCAUGAACAAUUCAUUUUAAUUAUCUCUACAAACUGGAGCUAACGCGUGUUCCUAAAUAGAAAAAUUACUGGAUUAAUGCAAGGAUAAAUGAACAAGUAUAGGAAAGACUAAUCUGUGUAUGUAUCCAACCCACACAUAUGAUGCAAUCAGAGAUAGGGUCUGCUGAGUUUGAAUUACUUGGAACCAGACAGUCAUUAGUGUCGCUGUAAAUUUAAUCGUUUUCCAACUUUCCCACCUCAUUUCGUCAUUAUCAAUACAUAGGUAUUCAAGAUUCUUCAUUUUUUUUUAUUGAGGAAGUGAGUCGGUUUCUAGUGAUGUUAAAGUGAUAUUUGUGUCAUUUGUUUCUAAGAAAUCAAUCUUUUCCUGCGAAUUUUACUUUCUAUUAUCGCAAUGACGCAUCAAGGCCUAGUUUUAGGAAUAGAUGUAGGAACAACGUCUGUAAAAGUUGUUGUUGUUUCUAAAGAAAAUAAGGAAAUUGUUGCAAAGCAGUCCAAAGACACCCAGGCAAAUGUGCCCAGUGAUUUGGGAAUAGAAGGUAAUAAACAAGAUGUGCCAAAGAUUUUAUCUGCAGUUCACAGCUGCGUUUCGAGACUCCCUAAGGAUCUGCUUCGACAGGUGGAAUGCAUCGGAGUUUGUGGUCAAAUGCACGGCGUGACUCUGUGGAAAAAUAUCGACAGAAGUAACGAAGAAGGUAUCUUUAAAUUAGAAAUCGAGAGAGAACAAGUCUCAAAUUUGUACACCUGGCAAGACGGUCGAUGUGAUCCCGAAUUUCUAAAAUCCUUGCCUAAAUCCAAAAGUUAUCUUUCCCUUCAUACUGGUUUCGGAUGUGCCACACUCUUCUGGUUUUCUAGAAACAAACCCGAAAAACUAGCCAAAUACGACAGAUGUGGAACAAUCCAAGAUUUGGCAGUGAGCUUACUCUGCGAAAAUAAUGAGGUCACAAUGAGUACACAAAAUGCUGCAAGUUGGGGGUAUUAUUUAGCAGAAGAAAACGAAUGGGACUUAAAAGCUCUAAACGAAGGAAACUUUCCCGUAAGAUUGCUGCCCUCAAAAAUUUUUAAACCCGGAGAAAGUGCUGGAAAAUUGAAGAGUAGCUGGUUCGGAAUCCCAGAAGGCACGACGAUAGGCGUUGCUUUGGGGGAUUUACAAAGUUCUGUUUACGCUUUGUUGAGAGAUCCGAGAGAUGCCGUUCUCAAUAUUUCCACGUCUGCUCAACUGGCCUACAUUCAUCCAACAUUUGAACCUGCAGUAAAAUGUGAUUCAGAAAAAAUCGAAUACUUUCCAUAUUUUGAUGGAAAAUAUAUUGCGGUCGCAGCUUCGCUAAAUGGAGGAAAUACGCUGGCUACUUUUGUCAAGUCCCUUCAACAAUGGACAAUGGAAUUAGGAUUUUCCGUUCCGCAAUCCAAGGUUUGGGAAAGAUUAAUUGCUUUAGGAAAAGAAGACUCUGUGAUCAACGAUAUGAAAAUAACUCCUACUCUUCUUGGAGAACGUUAUGCUCCAGAACAAACGGCAAAUGUUAGUGGAAUCACUUUAGACACUUUAAGUCUAGGACACAUAUUUCGAUCCCUUUGCUCAGGCCUUAUUAAAAAUAUUCACGACAUGAUGCCGCACGAUGUACUGAAGAAAAUGGAAAUAUCUCGUAUAGUAGGAAAUGGAUCAGGUCUAGUUCGCAAUGUUGUUUUGCAAAAAGAAGUUUCAAGAUGGUACAAAUUACCACUAGAGUUGGGCAAUUCCGGAGAUGCUGCUCUUGGAGCUGCUCUUGCCGUAAUUCACCACUAGAGCUCUUCAAAGAAACAAAAGUAGUUCAGAAUGAAUUUUGAACUGUUUCUAGCAUUUUUAUUAUCUUGCCUUAAAGAAAAAAAUGAAGCAUCGGUUCAAAGAACUUUAUAUGAAGAGAAUUGCGAGAGACGGUUGCGACUCUCGCGUUAAAAGUGUCGCAGUGCGUGAGUACUCAGUCGAGUAUAUUGCGCAAUAUUAUGCAUUCCAAUUGGAAACGGUUCAGGCCUAAAAACUUUCUUUUAUAAAAUUCCCUGACAGUUAAUAUUCAAACUAAUAUCUUAAUCUUAUAAUAUUUUUAACGUAUAAUAUUUUAGAAACAGAAUAAAAUAAUAAAAUUUCAGAUUAAAUUUUAACUCAAAAAGAUGACUAUAUCAUAAACGGU